CCGCACUCGCUUGAUCUCUAAACAUCUUUCCUCUUCUUGCUGAUCGAUCGGUAUCUUCGCAUCCGUGACACAUGUUUACGGCCAGGAGCUUGCAUUGUGCCGAGCAGUAACUCCCUUCUGAAGGUCUUUAUUUCUUCACAAUCGAUUACAGCGGCAGAUCGUCAAAACUGGUUGCGAGAAUGAACAAUCAACCGAAGACACCUGCCCGAGCGAGUGGCAUUCCCCGAUUAGCCUCGAGACUUCCCCUGCCGACGACAUCCGCUACCUCUAAACCACUUCGACCUUCGCCAUCGCGUGAGAAGCUACAACUCGACCCAGGUCUCGGUGCAGACAGGCUGCGCAAACCCUCCGAAGAUACCGUGUUUAAGAAACCCUUUCCGAAAUAUACAGCGCCGCAGAAAUUCUCCGCUGGACUCCGACCCAAAAAUGAAUCUCAGACAAGGGCAGGCGGGAACAUAAAGUCCGAAGUGAGCACCAGAAUGAGUGCUACACCAACUUUAGAGAAAGAUGGCAUCCCGGUCGAAGACAAUGAAGUGAGGGGUCGUACACGACCCUCGCUGGCGGAGCGGACGAUCGAGACACUCUCAAAAAUCCCGCCGUCUCCAGGGCCAGCCAGGAGACAGUCGAGUUUCUUUGGCGCAACGAGCCCGAUGCGGUCCCCAUCUCGACCCUCAUCAUCAAUGACUAGCUACUCGAGAUCGCCAUCUAAGUCAUCGUCUCGACAACCCAGUGGGAGUGAUUAUCUUGCACGACCGUCAUCUGCCAUGUGUCUGCCAUCGAGACCCCGACCUUCUUCGUCCACGAACAGCGCAUCGGAUGACCGCGGCCUUGCUCCAACUACAACGACUUGUCCGCCAAAAAUGAAGAUGCCCUCAACGAGGAUGAGUGGGUCCAGAGGAAAUAGCAACCUGACAUCCGUUGCGACGAAGCCUCGUUUAGCGUUGACUCAAACACACAUGAACGCCGUUGGGUCAGGCUCAGAUGAUUCAUUACCCAGACUUGAAGUGAAGAAGACAAGACGUGUUCAACCAAAACUCUCGGCAUCAAGACAGUCAUCUGUUGGGCCUCGGUCACCAUCUGCACGAUCCACAGCAUCCGACUUGACUUCAGAGCAACGAUCAGAGAUGGAGACAAGAAAAGUAUCAAAGUCUUCAAGCGCCCUCCGUGAGAGUAUUGCGAAGGCCAAGGCCGCGAGGAAAGCAGAAGUGGAGAAACGCAUGCAGCUGUCGUCAGCAGACGAUGCUUGGAAACGGAUCGACACUGAGGACCCGUUCAAUCAGAGGCCCCAGGAUUCCCAUUUCGAGCUUCUUCGAAAGCGCCUUGAAACAGGCAGAACUUCUGGCCAUCUCAAUAUAGCGGAUCUGUCCCUGAAAGAGCUCCCCAAAGAAGUCUUGGCAAUGUAUGACUUUGAUCCUGAUGCUACUACCGAGUGGUACCAGAGUGUGGACCUGGUCAAGUUCAUCGCGGCCGACAACGAGUUCACGGAGCUUCCUGACGAAGCGUUCCCUGACAUUGACCCGCAUGAUCUAAAUGAGGACGCUGAGGGAAUGGGAAACCAAUUUGGCGGGCUUGAGCUCUUAGAUCUGCACGGUAACUUGCUGCAGUCUCUACCCAUAGGUUUGCGAAGGCUACGAAGACUUCACACCCUUAAUCUGUCAAAUAAUAAUCUCGAAAUGAACGAUGUACAGGUUGUCAUGGAAAUCUCAUCUCUGAGGGAUCUUAAGCUGGCCAAGAAUCAUUUGAAAGGUCCUCUUACAUCAGAGAUCAAGAAUCUGACUAAAUUGGAAACCUUAGACCUGCAUGACAAUUUUCUUACAGAUCUGCCUUCCGAGAUGUCAGCCUUGAGGUCGCUCCGAGUUCUGGAUGUUGGUGGUAAUCAACUGAGCUCAUUACAGCUUGAUGCUUUGAGUCAGCUUUCUCUGAAGGAGCUUCGAGCCUCAAAGAACAAAUUGAAAGAUGCACUUGUCCCAAGUUCAAUUCAUAAACUUGAGGCAUUGCAGGUUCUUGAUAUAGCCAAUAAUACGUUGUUCAAGCUUUCCGAGAACAUGUCGUUGGAGCUUCCAAGCCUCCGGACCUUGGCAAUGAGCUCUAAUCGCAUUCAGUCCUUGCCGGAUCUAUCAUCUUGGCAGGCCCUACUGACAUUGUCAGCCGAGGAUAAUAGCCUUUCGACAAUUCCAGACGGCUUCAUUCAUUUAAAAAAUGUUCGGACUGUCGAUUUUUCAGGGAACGAUAUAUCCAAAUUGGAUGACAGAAUUGGCCUGAUGGACAGCCUCUUCACAUUUCGGAUCGCUAACAAUCCUCUUCGCGAACGCAAAUUUCUUACCAUGGGUACGGAAGAUCUGAAGCGUGACCUGCGAAACCGGUGCGAACCAGAGUACCAGGAUACCGAUGACGAUGCAGGCUCUGUUGCAACCCAGUUCACCUUGGCCCCUGAGACCCCAGCUCAGACUGCCGCUUGGAAGAUCAAGCCUGGUGGUGUUCUUGACCGGUCCUACACUGAUAUGCGGGAGCUUGAGCUGGAUGAGCUGCGGCGAAUCAACUUGAAUGAAGUUAGAUGCCUAUAUCUGCAUCAUAACGAGCUACGCUACUUCCCAGUGUCGGCCCUAAGUUUACUAGCGUCAACUCUCACCGAUCUUGACCUUUCAAACAACCCACUGGAUAGCGCAGCGCUGUUUGUCUCGGCUCUGACACUCCCAAAUCUUCACAGCCUGAAUUUGAGUAGUACAAAUCUUACUACAUUGGAUCCAAUUUUGACACAUCUUGAGGCACCGGCUCUGACAUUUCUGGAUGUUUCUUACAAUCGCUUGUCUGGUCCGGUGCCUGCUGUACGCCGCACUUACCCCACCAUGAUUGCUUUUCUGGCAACAGAUAACCGAUUCACCAGUUUGGAAUUCGGCGCGGCUCAAGGCCUUCAAGUUUUGGACGUGGGAAACAACGACAUUGGCAUGCUUCCGCCCAAAUUAGGGUUGCUAAGAGGAGAAGGCUCGAGUAGAAACUGGGAUAAUGGGAGUGCUUUGCGACGGUUUGAGGUAGCCGGAAACAGCUUUCGUGUGCCUAGAUGGCAGAUUGUCGCCAAGGGCACCGAUGCCGUACUUGAAUGGCUCAAGGAUCGGAUGACUGUGCAAGCACUUUCGGAGUAUGAGCCACACGACGAGUUAACUGAAGAUCUAUAUGAUACAUAGUACGGCUUUUGUCAGGCUGUCAUUGCUCGAUUUGCA